AUAGCCGAAUCAAUCUGUCAGCUGAUGAAGAACUACUGUCGUCCUUUAAAAAAAUCGAAUGUCUAUUUUUUAGGGCCGAGAAUAUAUACUACCGCCGUAGCUAGCUUGAUAAAAACACAAAUCAUGCCAUCUCUUUUAUUUUGCGGUCCAAAACUGGCCGCUUGUGGAAUUGUGCUAAGCAUCUGGGGAGUUAUAAUGCUGGUGAUGCUGGGCAUCUUCUUCAGCGCUCACUCUGCCGUGCUGAUCGAAGACGUGCCGUUCACGGAGGAGGACAUACGCAACGAUAAAAACCCACCGCAGACGAUCUACGGACUGUACAACCAGGUCGGCUACAACUGCUUCAUCGCGGCUGCCAUCUACGUGGUGGUGGGGGGCGUGUCUCUCUGCCAGGUCCGGCUCAACAAGCGCAACGAGUACAUGGUGCACUAGCGCCCCCCUACUGGAACGAAAGAGCACUGCAUUUGCCUCAAACAGGAAAUGCAGCGAUCUUACAACUGGAUUUUAGGCCUAGCAUAGAUCAUACUGAAUUUUAUAGGUAACUGGUUGAUAACAGAUUAAUUUAUGACAGGAAAAACCAGCCCCUGAUCAUUCACAAGAGUUUCAGAGUAAUAAAUAGUGUAUCUUAUGCACAAGAUUAAAAUGUUUUCCCUCUUGAACCAAACCACAGGACCACACCUUUGCUGUAAAUAUGUUUGCAUGUCCAGGGUUAUUUUACACAUUCAUUAGUUUCCAAUAAGCAGUGCAGAGAAGCUCUGUAAUACAAUGAUAUAUGUAACUACUACUUAGUCAUUAUCAGAUUGAACAUGUAUUUAAAAUGUCUAGUAGGAUGUGCUUUUUUCCAUUUCUUGCCGUUUUCCCAGUUUAAAUGAAGCCAUCCAGGUCAGAUGGCUAUAGCUGUUCAGGUAUGUGAGGUGUGCUUGUGUAUGGUGCCCAUUUUGAGUGAGUUCUGUUUGCUCCCCUGUUAGUGACACCAGUGCUUAAUCCAGUAAGUCAUUAAUCACACUGUUCCUACCUUAACUGAGGCGUGUAGCUUUCUGAAAGGGCCUACCCUGCUGGACUGAGGUGUGUUUACAAUAUUUAUUGUACAGUGGUACCGUUUCAAACCUAUGCCCGCGAAAUGAAACCUGUCGUCUGUGUAUCUGACCCGAGUUUGUCGAUGUUGUUGGGCCCACCCAGCUGUGAUGUGUGAUGCAGUAAACUGAUUGUCAUGGAAA